GAUUGAGAUGAAAAUUGUCAAAGGAAUGGGCAGAGAACCAAGGGAGUGCUUUUUGCUGGAAGAUGGACGACACCUUGUCCCCAAAGGAAUUUUCUUUAUUAAACGUAUUCAAGGUAAGCAAUCAUCAUUCUGUUUCAAUCUAAAUCCAUCACAGGCCCACUUCCAUCUCAAACUAUACAAGUCACAUGUGGCACUUCACUUCCACCACUAUACCUCAGCACUUCUGGAAAACUCCACUUCUGCCACAAGACUUUUCCUCCUCACAGAAUUUCUCUAGACUAUGCACAGCCCCUCCUUUUCAGCAAAAUCUGUCGUGCACCUUGUGGAACUCUGGGAGUGAGGUGCACAAAAAGUCGGUAUUGAAUCCGCCUCCACUAUGAAACAAAUGCACUAUUGAUUUUUUUUUUUAUCUACAGAACCUUGGACUUAUGCUCACAGUCGCUCUGCUAAGCAGUUAUAUUUUUACAACAAAGACACUCAUGAGUCCACGUUUGAAAUUCCCAGAGAUUCAGUGGCUUCUUUCAAGUAAGUGAACCUCAGAUAUAAGAGCUGUCUUCAGUUUAUUUAGCAUAAAUUGUCUGGUAAGCAGAAACACUCUUAGCUAUGUUGGUUAUGUGAAAGUCUGUCACUAACUAAUUUUGGUUUUGCUUUGAAAUUUGGUUAGAUUACAUAAAAGCAGAUGCAACUUUUUCAACUAAUGAGAUUUUAAACCUAAACUAGAUGCAAUACUUGGUCAUACUCUUUUUUUCCCACUAAUAGUGUAGAUGACAUCUGCUGACUUUGCAUUUUGAUUGGUUCAGUGUAGUGAGAUACUCUUGUGGCUUACUCACUGCCUGCAAUGCAGGGUUACAUUUAAGUUUGAUUGAAAAUAACUGGAAAUUUCUUUUUUGUUAAAAAAUGCAGAUCAUCACUUGGCACACGGUAUUACUGGCCAUGGGAAGAUGUGGAUUUAAGUCAUGAUGAAGGACCAAGAAUGGAAAGAAAUAACCUCAUUGAAUUCUUCACUGCCGCACAAAAUGAAUUUAUCCAUGGUCCUCCUAGAAAAUAAGAUCACUAGCUGAAAAAAGGGGUGUGAUGGAUCUGUAUAUAAGGCUGUCUUGCUGUCCUUCUUACCAAAGAAACUGCCAAGUUAACUACCUUCUAAAACUGAGACAGAAGGUGAUUGACCACAAGAACUUACUAAGGAGAAAAGACAGUACAAAUUGUGGAAACCAUUUGGGAAAGUGGAACCCAUUUGAGUUGGCCAUUCCCUGAGACUUGGAAAAUCACCUGAACUAUUCAUUCACUUUGCCCAGACACAGUUGUUGUUUUGAAAACCAGUGUAAGAUGGAGUUUGAUUUCAAACUGCACAAAUGAUUUGUUUUGCAUGUGUCCCCUAAGUGUAUUACAAUGUAGGCCUCAAAAAAUUUACUUUGCAUCACUUUCCCCAAGAUUCUGUUUAAUACUACUGUGUGAUUAAUAUGGUUGCUUCAAGGUGCCUUCCUUUACACAGGUAACAAUCAAUUGCCAUAUUAUUAUUUUCAUACAGGGUAGUUAUUUUAUUCAAGUUACACUGUUGAACCUUUUUAUACAGCUUUAUUUAUAUUUGAAAUUAUGGCAUUUGCCAUAGUUCCUAGUGAUUGUAUAGGUAUAAUUUCUGUUUAUGUCAAUGCAAGCCAAUUAGAUUGGAGCAAAAAUAAAACAAGCAAUCAAAUUGCAUUCAUCAAAAUUUACUCCUUUUACAUUUAAUGUACUGUUUAUGUGUAGUUAAAUAUUUUCACUCCCAUGAAUGACCAAGAAUUUCUCCUUACAGUAUUAAUACAACAUUGUGCAGACAAGUGAUAAGAAUAAUGAAAAAAAACAAAUAGGGAUUACUAGUUGAUCCAAUGCAAAAUCUUCAGAACAACCAUCAUAAGAAUUGUUUGGCAGACAGUAAGGAGAAUUACUAAUGAGAUCUUGGAAGUAAUAGGUUUAAAAUUCUGGUAACAGGUGUGACACUUCUGGUUAUAAAUGCAACUGUUAGGAAAAGUUUUAAACUUGUCUUAUUAAAAGCACCAAAUGUUUUUGUUUUCUUGUUUUUAUGGAAUCACAU